AUGGCCGUGUUAGGGCCAAAUGUGAGUGGAAAUAUGAAUGGUCACAAUAAUAUUCAUAGUCAGUUAACGAAAUCUUUAGAAAGGAUUUUGGAGGAUGCUUACUUAAGUGGUGAAUUAAAAUUGAACGGACGGAAGUUGAGGGAGUUUCCUAAACCAGUGAAAUUUGACUUGAGUGAUACAGUUGUGGCCGAUUUGUCUAAAAACCGGUUUAGUGAAGUGCCUGACGAAGUGACCACUUAUGUGUAUUUAGAAAAGUUGUUGCUGUCACAGAAUAUUAUAAGGAGCGUACCGGAGACUGUUGGAGGUCUGCAAUCUCUUACGUAUUUAGAUCUCAGCUCUAACCAGUUGACAGAGCUACCGCGGGAAGUAUGUCAAAUGCCACUACAAGUCCUGCUUGUGCCGGACAACUUGCUGGCAACGCUGCCGAAGGAGAUUGGCAAGAUGAGCUCGCUGGCCGAGCUCGACGCUUCCAACAACAGACUGACGCAGGUCCCGAUGACCCUCGGCGAUUGUGCUGGUCUUCGAGCGCUCGACCUUAGCAAUAACCAACUAGGAUUAUUACCACUACAGAUCACUUACCUACGGCUCGAGCAUCUGGACGUGAGCUGCAACUGCAUAUCAUCACUUCCGCUGGAACUCCGCAACAUGACCACGCUAGUCACGCUUAACUUGGACAACAACCCUCUCGUCUCUCCACCCACCACAGUUUGCAUGCGCGGGCGCGUGCAUAUAUUCAAAUAUCUAGACAACAUGGCAAACAAAGACUCGUUGCCGGCCCACAGAAGGGUGGAUGAGACAAGGAGGUCGGCAAAGCACACAUCUUAUAUCAGCAACACACCAGUACAGAGCUCUGCACACCAGAUCACCUCCGGCAACGCCACUAUAGACUGUCUGAGGCAUAAGCCGAGGCAUGUCAUCGACAGUGGUUACUGCACAGAUGGAAUGGAAAAGAGGUGGUCGAAUGAUGCGGCUGGUGAGGCAGGGGGUGGAGGUGGUUCUGGUCGGUCAACCCCCAGCACGCCGUCUACGCUGUCGCCGGGGGCCGCCUUGUCGAGAGCGCAGUCCUUGUCCAGUGAAUCUCCGUUGGCGCCUUUGACGCCAUUACUCACUGGCCUCCGUAUAUCACCUGAAGGGAACAUUUCAAAUGGCGACGAUAAGACUAAAUUAGCACAUCAGCAAACCUACAGACAAUACAAAGAAGCCUUAAGACAACAACGCCAGCAAGACAUCUACCGACCCCGGACCGAUCAACCCUCACCAGAGCUCGAUUCCGCCCCACAGUCCCAGAACCAAAGCCCUGUCCACUUCCAGAGAACAUCCGCACCUCACUCCCCAGUAAACGGCUAUAGUAACGUAUCACCUAGUCUUUAUAACCGAUCCGUUUCAUCAAAUUCGACCACCUCCAACUCAUCUAACACUUCACAAGCGCCAAACUCCCCCCUCCUUCACUCAACUCCCAGAAGAUUUCAGAAUCAGAACGGCAACAACGAGAAACAAGAAGAACAAAACAAGAGGCCGGUUCAAAAAGUAGUUCCUUCUAGAAACGUUAACAAAAUGUAUUCGUCCGUUAAUGGGAAUGUAGACUUCAAUGGGCGGGUGAACGGACAGACGGAAGCGUAUAUAAAGCCAACUUCACCGACAAAAUCGCCUACAAAUACGUUAGGGUAUAACAGUAUAGGAAUGAAAUCGAAUAUACCGAGACAGACUAAUGGAGGGGAGGGCGCGAAACUAUUAACCACAACGGUAUCCUACUUGAAAGGUGCGGCGCCGAAGCCGGCGGGCAAGAUGGCGUGGAACAAAGACGCGCCUGUCGACAAAUUAAGCUUCACCAUGAAGAGGGAGUUCGAUAAACAGAAGGAAGAGUCGGAACUACUGGAACAGUUGAGAACGAUAAUCGAGUCGCGGCUGAAGAUGUCUCUACCGGAGCAGCUUGCGCCCGUGCUGGCGGACGGCGUGGUGCUGUGCCACCUCGCGAACCACGUGCGGCCGCGAGCCGUCGCCUCCGUGCACGUGCCCUCGCCCGCGCAGCCUAAAUUAACAAUGGCCAGGUGCAGGAGAAACGUAGACAAUUUCUUGGAAGCGUGUCGAAAAAUUGGAGUAGAAGAGGAGCUCAUCUGUUCGCCCGCUGACAUACUGAUGUACUCGGAGCGAGAGGGAGACGCCAGUAUCGUUCCUCUCGCUUGCACGGUCACCGCCCUCCUCACACACGCCACGCCGUACACCUCGCCAAAGGAUAUCCAUAAUGACCCGCGUUACCAUAACUACGCCCAAACACACGCACUAGGACCUUACGAAGUCACCGAAGCCGCCGAAGUCACCGAAGCAGACGAGACUUCGACUGAAGUAAACUACUACCAAAGGCAGCUACAGAGAUACUCAGAUGAUAGGUAUAUAAACAACUUCAACAAUAUGGCUGAUUACGCAAACAAUUACACAAUAGAUGAGUCUGAAGAGUUUCAUUUGAAUUAUGAAAACAAUAAUGAUUCUGUGGAAAGCAUUAAUUAUUCGCCAGUAUAUGGGACCAAUGAGGGCUUAAGGAAUAGAGCAUCUUAUUAUCAAAACAAUAGAAUUCAAUUUGUUACUCCAUUUUGCAAAGAAAACGCUCUACUUAAGUGUGACAAUUUUGAGAUCUUCGACACUGACGAAGUUGAUUUUCCUUUGGAAACAUCUAAUGAAGAUCACCAAGUGCGGUAUGAUAGAGACAAAUUGAAUUUAGUCUUACAGAAUAACAUCAACACAGAAAUGAAACCGUUUGUAGAAACGGAUAAGGAACGAGAACAUAGAUUACUUGUCACGUGGUUAUGCCUUGGGACAUUCUUUGUGUCCGCCAUCUUGCUUAUUAUAUUCCCAUUGUAA